AUGGCCAGAAAAUAUAAAGACACUCAGUCCAAUAUAGUUCCUGAAAGUUUCCGCUGGUAUAUAGCACAUGAGAAGUUUGACAAAGCAAAAUACAUCAUCACAUCAAUUGCCAAGUUCAAUCGCAAUUAUGAUUUCAACACGGCAAUUGACCUGAGAAGGCCCGACUCUCCAACCAAAUUGCGAUAUUCGUUACUAAAUCUGUUUCAAACACGGACACUGGUGAAAGUAACAUUGUUGUUAACCCUUAAUUGGAUAACACUGGGAGUCGUAGUAUUCGGGUUAUUAUUUGGGAUACAGAAUCUCUCAGGAUACUUAUACUUGAAUACUUUUUUGUUUAGUUUAACCACGAUUCCUUCGAAAGCAAUCGCCACGUGGCUAAGUCACAGAACUGGUCGAAGAAAGGCAACAAGCAUUUGUUUCAUCGUUGUUGGAAUUGCAGGUCUUACAGGUGGCGUUUUGCAAACAUUAGAUGUAAAAUACAAGGAUCAAUUUACCACAGUGCUAGCCAUUAUGGCAAACUCAAGUACAUCGGCAGCGUGGGGAACAGUACAGACAAUGACAGUAGAACUUUAUCCAACUGUCAUAAGGAACAUUGGAUUUGGGAUGCUAAGUUUCAUUGGAGGAAUUGGUUCUGUGAUCGGGCCACAAUUUGUAUAUCUUGUACAUCGCUGCUCCAGAGACUCAAAAGAAAAUAACCUUCUGGAUUAA